AUGUCUGAUACAGGAAGCAAUACUGGAAAAGUAACUCCAUAUAGAAUGGAUAAAACUCCUUCUGUUGAUAUUAUAUUCAAAGAUAUUAGAUACUCAGUAUCAACUAAAUAGGGACCUAAAGAAAUAUUAAAAGGUGUUGAAGGAGUCUGCAAAAGUGGAUAACUUAAUGCUAUUUUAGGUUCUUCAGGAGCUGGUAAAACAACUUUAUUAAAUAUACUAUGCUAGAGAAUUCAAAGUACUAAAAAAUCUUAAUUAAGUGGAGAAGUACUUGCAAAUAAAACUCCUUUCAACGCAUAAUAAUUCAAUAAAUUUGCAACAUACGUUAUGCAAGAUGAUAUUUUGCUUGAGACUAUGACAGUUAAAGAAUGCUUUUAAUUUGCUGCAAAUUUAAAAACUAAUGGAACUGCCAAAGAAAAGAAUGAUAGAGUUUAAGAAAUGGUUAAGUAAUUAAAAUUAGAAAGAUGCUAAAACACAUUUGUUGGUGGCUUAUUUGUUAAAGGUAUUUCAGGAGGUGAAAGAAAAAGAACUUCUAUUGGAUAUGAAUUGAUAAGUGAUCCUGCUGCUAUAUUUUUGGAUGAACCCACUUCCGGUUUAGAUAGUUUCACCGCUUAUAGCAUCAUUGAAUUGCUAAGAAGAUAUGCUCACAAUAAAAAUAAAACAGUGACAUUUACUAUUCACUAACCUUCUUCUGAUAUAUGGGAUUUAUUCGACCGCGUAAUGCUUAUGGUUGAAGGAAGAUUUAUUUAUUAAGGUCCUGGAGGAAUCAAUGUUGUAAAUCAUUUUUCUAGCAUUGGUUUCUAAUGUCCAUAAUACUCUAAUCCUGCAGAUUACUUUAUGUCAAUCAUGCAUGCAGAAAGCGAUGCUAACGUAAAAAGCUAUCCCAUUUACUUCUAAGGGUAUGAUACCAAACUCAAAUCUAUUGUAUCUAGUGAUAUCUAAAAUGCACAUGAUGGAGAACUACCUAAUAAAUAAGUUUAAACUAGUAUGCUUUAUCAAACUGGCUAAAUUGCAAUGAGAUAGGUCAGAAUUUUAUAAAGAAACCCUUUGAUUUUUAAAGCUCGUCUUAUCUAAAGUAUCAUCAUUUCUCUCUUCAUAGGAGCCAUUUAUUGGUAAAUUCCAGGUCCGAACGAUAACCCUUCUCAAAGAAAUGUAAAUGAUAAAAAUGGAUUCUUAUUCUUCUGGUGUAUUGGUAUGUUUAUGAUGACACUUAAUCCUUGCAUUUUAACAUUCCCAUCUGAAAGAGCUGUAUUUUUAAGAGAAGAGAACGCAUAGCUGUAUACUGUUAGUCCAUACUUUUUUGGCAAGUUUAUUGUAGAUGCAUUCCCUGCAGCUAUUUUCCCUUUAAUUUCUUGUUUAAUAGUUUAUUGGAUGGUUGGCCUAAAUGAUGAAAAUGCUGGAAAAGUAUUUUUCUUUAUUCUAGUUUGUGCUAUUUUAGGUUUAACAGGGUUAGGUCUUGGAUAUUUAGGAGGUUCAGCUUUCAGUGAUGCAUAAAUGGCUAUUGCUGUUACUCCUAUGUUGUUGAUGCCUUUCAUGUUAUUUGCAGGUUUUUAUAAAAAUGCUUCUGAUUACGCAGCUUGGAUUGGAUGGAUUUAAUAUAUUUCACCAUUUAAAUAUGCAUUUUAGGCUGUCACCAUAAAUGAAUACUCAUAUGAUGGUCCUGGAUACCCAUAGGACCCAAUAAAAUAAUUAAAUUUUGACCAAGGUAUGUGGUCUUCACUUGGAUCCUUAGCUGGUUUAUUCGCAGGUUUCACAAUAAUUUCCUUUAUUUUCCUUGCUACUCUUAAAAAGAGAGUUUAAUGA